AUGUCAGACCGCAGGCAGAAAGGCAAGAGAUGCAAGGUAUCGCGGCCAGCUGGUUUCGCAACUGCUGAGAAGAAACCCAGAGUUAAGCAACAGUAUGGACCCCAAGAGGGCUUUGCAUCGGAGAAGAGAUUGAGGUUGUGGUUGAAAGAUUUGGGUGCUCGCGGACUGGACCUUGUUGAACUGGGCAGCAAGUCAGGUGUAUGGCUGAAGCUCAAGCUGCGAGACAGUCAGCGCGGAACGCUGUCCACUGGUCAGAAGUUUCUGGAGAUUCCAAAGCGCGCCUGGAUCACUGUGCCGGGAACUGAUGAUGUGGAUGUUGAGGAGUCACUUGCAGCUGAACUGCUAAAGGAGAAAUCCAAAGGCACCAAAUCGAAGUUUGAACCUUAUGUCGAUUUUCUUUGGCGCCGGGAUUUGGUGCAGCAUCCCAUUUUCUGGACCCAGGAGGAGAUCUCUUGGUUGUCUCGAUGCAAGGAAGUGCAAAAUGCUGUGCUGGCGCUACAGGAACUUACGCAACAGCGUGUGGAGCGCCUUCGGCAGAAGCUUCCGGGAGCAAGCGAGGAUGAUAUCCGCUUUGCUCUUUGCCUCGUAGAAUGCAGGGCAAUCACCACGAGCAGUGUGGCUGGUGCCUUUGUGCCGGUGCUGGACCAUUUCCGCAACGACUCCAGUGGCGAUCCAGCUAUCCUGGUGGGUGACGAUGGGCUGGCCAGUGGUCCCAUGGUUGCCGUGGCGUUAGCUGAUUUGGAACCUGGCAUGGAGCUGCGCAAUUGCUUCGACUCUGUUAGCAAUCAGGAGCUCUUCACGCAGUAUGGAGAGGUGCAACUCCGGAUGGAUGGAGAGGAUGCACUGCCAGAGGUGAAUGCCUACAACGAGGUGCCGCUUCCACUGCGCCUUCUUCCUGAGCAUUGGAAGGGCAACUCAGAGGGAGUCAAAGAGGCGAAGGUGGAACUCUUGCAGAGACGCAUCGGCAUCGACUUGAGUUCCGAGGCCUUCCUCCGUUUGCCCAUGGAUGCCAUGCCCAGCGGCCGGCUGUUGCCCUUGGUGCGCUUCAUCCAGCGGCCCCUGCCGGCGGCUGGAAAGGAGGCUGCUUGCGAACAGCUCUUUGAUAGCUUGUUCAAAGACUGUCAUCCGAGCCUCCUGUCUGGUGGCACUGGGCAGUGGGAGCCUGAAGCCGUGGAGGCACCACCAGCACCGGCCAAUGCGGAGGAGUUGCACAUGGAGGUGCAGGCCAGAAAGCUGGCAGCGGACUGGUAUGAGAAUCUGAUCGGAAAUUACAACCGGAUGUCGGAGCGUAUCCAGCAGGACAUCCAUGACAAUGUGUUGGAGACGUCGAGUUCCAGCUCCUCAAGCCCAGGAGACUUCAAAAUUGAGCUGGCCGAAAUCACAAAUGCCUACUACAAGGCCAAGCGCAAAGAUGGCAGUACUGGAAAAAGCCGAAAGGCCAAAGAAUGCAGAGUUCUGUCUUCUAGUCCUAGUGAAGGCACAGUAGUUGUCCAGUUCUUGGAGAAUGGUGUGCGCCAUACCAUCCCGGAGGACUGGAUCAUCAAGAAGACAGCCAAAGGUGCGGAUUCGCAGGACUCCCAUGCCAAGCGCUCGCGGGGGCUUUUGGCCAUGGCCCUCUUGGCAUGCCAAGGGUCAGUGGUGGAGGCCUGCUGUCAGCUAAUGAUGGGUGUCUUGCAGGUUGGUGAAGGCAUUCUUGAAAGUAAAAACAAGAAAGAUCGUGCGCAGAUGGCGCAAGAGCUUCAAGCUGCAUGGCAGCAGGAGUAUGACUUGUCGCAAAGCGAGGCAUGA